CCACCGAACGAAAGGAAAUACCAUCGCCACCAAAAGACGUCAGGAGUUCACCACCUGAAGAAAGCCUAGACACGACAAAAGGAAAACGAAGUGAAACUGUCACCUUGGAAACAAAGAAGCGUUCAAGGAAGGCUAUGACGAAAGACUAUACUUUCGAGAUCAAAGAAAAGUUCAAAAAAGGCUAUGACGAAAAUUAUACUACUAGAAUCAAUGGAAAGUUCAAGAAAAGCUAUGACGAAAGUUAUGCUUCUUGA